AUGGCUUGCUUCUCCUUUUCCUUUGGGGACGGACUCCCAUUGGUCGCUUUGGGGAAGGGGGAGGGGCUGAACCAGGGGGGCGGGAAGAGUGGGGCGUGGCCAGAAUUAAAAGGGGGUGGGACUAAUCUGGCUGGCGAGGUGAUCCGAUUGGCCGAAGAGGUAGAAUUGGAACUCAAGACCCAGAAGGAACUUCUGAAGCAGAUCCAGAGUCACAGGUCACUAUGGGAAAAGAGGAAAGAGAUGGGAAAGAGAGAGACGGAUGGAGGGAAAGUAGAAGAGGAAAGGGCAACACAAACUGUUGCCACGGUUACCUCCAGUACCCCCAAAGGACAAUUCAGAGAACAAGGACCAAGAGAAAAAUACACCGGAAUUAAUCAUUACAGCAGUCCCAGACCCUAAAGUAGACACAAAACCGGACAAUGAAAUAAAAGAGCUGACCGACAACAUCAAAUUGGAAGUUACUGUCAUCAACCCACAAGUUGUCAUUCCCAUAUUGGUCAUUGCCUGUGACAGAGUGAACUGUGAAAAGGAGUCUUGACAAAUUGAUCCAAUACCGCACCUCUGCAGAACUCUACCCAAUCAUAGUUAGUCAGGACUGUGGCCAUGCUGAGACAGCCCGCGUGAUUGGCUCAUAUGGCAGUCAGGUGACCCUCAUUAGCCAACCAGACCUCUCGGACAUCCUGGUACGGCCGGAGCACAGGAAGUUCCAGGGCUACUAUAAGAUUGCCAGACACUACCGCUGGGCCCUCAACCAGGUGUUCAACACUCUCUCUUACUCCAGUGUGGUGAUCGUUGAAGAUGACUUGGAGGUAAGUGUGAACAGUAACUGAAAUCCAUACACCUCUGUCUGCAUGCACUGUAACUGAGAAAUGAAUUUAAAGUGCACCUCAGUCUAAAUGUGUUGAAGCGUUGAUUUAGAAGUGUCUGAGUUGCUGGUGACUUGCACGAGGUUCAAUAGAAGAUCCUGAUGAAUUCAGUCAGGGAAAUGAAAUCCCUGCACUUCUGCUUGUCACCAAGGCAUUGAUGUGAAGCGUCAAGACUUUUUAGUGACUUGCAUGAGGCUCUGUAUAAGUAGGCCUAGUCCGAACUGAUUUAUCCGCUGCUGCUUUUUCAGUUGCAAGGUUUGCAGCUGCGCUCCAGCCCUGGCAUUAUCCCAAAAGCUUAAGGGUUCAGACACAGCAGUAGUGGUUGCUGGCCGAGAGUGCUUAGCACCUCUGAACGUAUUUGCGAAUCGAGUUCCAACCGAUUUUACAUGUAGAAUCGCGUGAAAAAUUUAGCCAGUCGGACGUCUACAGCGGGUGGUUCCUAAAACACAGCGCUGAAUCAGCAGACAAACGCUAGAUCCACAUUCGGUGCGAGCCUUAACUUCUCUAAGGGCACCGACGACCCUGUGGCCUACAACAAAACAUUUUAAGUGCUUCGUUUGCAGAACAAAGCUUAAACCAACCCCCCCCCCCCCCCCCCCCCCUGCCCCCCGCUCCGCUGCAGUGUCUAGAGAUGCCAUCCCUCUCUGCUUAUUCAACACUUUCCAUUGGUUUAAAUGGGCCUUUGAUAGGAAUGGAAUGAAUGUACCCUGAACAAAAAUGUAAACGCAACAAUUUCAAAGAUUUUACUGAGUUACAGUUCCUAUAAGGAAAUCAGUCAAUUGAAAUAAAUUAAUUCGGCCCUAAUCUAUCGAUUUCACAUGACUGGGAAUACAGAUAUGCAUAUUUUGGUCACAGAUACCUUUAAAAAAAAAGAUAGGGGCUUGGAUCAGAACCUGUCAGUAUCUGGUGUGACCACCAUUUGCCUCAUGCGGGCGCGACACAUCUCCUUCGCAUAGAGUUGAUCAGGCUGUUGAUUGUGGCCUGUGGAAUGUUGUCCCACUCCUCUUCAAUGGCUGUGUGAAGUUGCUGGAUAUUGGCAGGAACUGGAGCACGCUGUCGUACACUGCGAUCCAGAGCAUCCCAAACAUGCUCAAUGGGUGACAUGUCUGGUGAGGAUGCAGGGACAUUUUCAGCUUCCAGGAAUUGUGUACAGAUCCUUGCGACAUGGGGACGUACAUUAUCAUGCUGAAACAAGAGGUGAUGGCGGCGGAUUAAUGGCCCGACAAUGGGCCUCAGGAUCUCGGGCCUCUGGACCAUCAAUAAAAUGCAAUUGUGUUCGUUGUCCGUAGUUUAUGCCUGCCCAUACCAUAACCCCACCGCCACCAUGGGGCACUCGGUUCACAAUGUUGACAUCAGCAAACCGUUCCCCCACACGACGACAUACACGCUGUCUGCCAUCUGCCCGGUACAGUUGAAACCGGUAGUCAUCUGUGACGAGCACACUUCUCUAGUGUGCCAGUGGCCAUCGAAGGUGAGCAUUUGCCCACUGAAGUCGGUUACGACGCCAAACUGCAGUCAGGUCAAGACCCUGGUGAGGAUGACGAGCACGCAAAUGAGCUUCCCUGAGACGUUUCUGACAGUUUGUGCAGAAAUUAUUCGCUUGUGCAAACCCACAGUUUCAUCAGCUGUCCGGGUGCCUGGUCUCAGACAAUCCGACAGGUGAAUAAGCUGGAUGUGGAGGUCCUGGGCUGGCGUGGUUACACGUGGUUACACGUGGUCUGUGGUUGUGAGGCCGGUUGGACGUACUGCCAAAUUCUCUACAACAACGUUGGAGGUGGUUUAUGGUAGAGAAAUGAAAAUUUCAAUUCCCUGGCAACAGCUCUGGUGGACAUUCCUGCAGUCAGCAUGCCAAUUGCAUGCCCCCUCAAAACUUGAGAUCUGUGGCAUUGUGUUGUGUGACAAAACUGCACAUUUUCGUGGCCUUUUAUUGUCCCCAGCACAAGGUGCACCUGUGUAAUGAUCAUGCUGUUUAAUCAGCUUCUUGAUAUGCCACACCUGUCAGGUGGAUGGAUUAUCUUGGCAAAGGAGAAAUGCUCACUAACACGGAUUUAAUCACAUUUGUGCACAACCUUUUCGAGAAAUAAGCAUUUUGUGCAUAUGGAAAAUGUCUGGGAUCUUUUUACUUCAGCUCAUGAAACAUGGGACCAACACUUUACAUGCUGUGUUUAUAUUUUUCUUCAGUGUAAUUAAAUCUGUCUCACAUUCAAAUGUGGAUCAUGAUGAUGAACGUUGAUCCUAUAAUGUUCCUCAUUUGUGCAGCACAUUCAUUGGAUAGCCUAAAACAUAGAGGGGAGGAGUCAGAGGAGGGUACAGAGGGGAGGAGUCAAAGGGGUGAACAGAGGGGAACAGAGAGGGGAAAUGUCUUAAUCAAUGUGUCCAAUUCAGUGGACAGCUGUAAUCCUGGUUGGCCUUCCCAGAUUAGAACAUUUAACUGAUUAGUGGAUUAACCACGUUGGCACCUAGCAGAGAGGGGUGUGAGGAGGGAUCCCUAAAUCCUGCUCUGUUCAUUCUGUCCCCCAUCAAAUCAGACCAAGGUUGCGUCCCAAAUGGCACCCUGUGGGCCAUAGGGUUCUGGUCUAAAGUAGUGCACUACAUAGGGAAUAGGGUUCUGGUCUAAAGUAGUGCACUAUAUAGGGAAUAGGGUUCUGGUCUAAAGUAGUGCACUAUAUAGGGAAUAAGGUUCUGGUCUAAAGUAGUGCACUAUAUAGGGAAUAGGGUUCUGGUCUAAAGUAGUGCACUACAUAGGGAAUAGGGCUCUGGUCUAAAGUAGUGCACUACAUAGGGAAUAGGGCUCUGGUCUAAAGUAGUGCACUAUAUAGGGAAUAGGGUGCCAUUUGGGUAGUAGCCUGAGUGAAACAGCCAGCUGGGUGAACAAAUGGUCUGGAAAAAAACGUUAUCGGUAGAAUUCUGCACCAGACGUGUAAUGAAAGUUACAGGAAAUGGUUAAAACAACAGAACUGCCAUGAGUCACCAGUUUUAAAGCUUUUAGGCUAAACCCCCCCCCCCCCCCCCCCCCCACCACACACUUAUGUAACUGUUCCCGCAGAUGCUUUCGAAGACAAAUUUAUAAUGUUUUGUUUUGGCUAGUCAUUUCAUGUUGACAUACCAUUGGCAUUGUAUUAAUCAGCCACACAUGUUGGACUCAUUCCUUGAAGCCCCUGUGGAUGUUUUGUUGGCUUUGCAUACAUUCAUACAGCAGAUGCAGUUUUCUAGCCUGGGUUCCAGUCUGUUUCUGGUCUCUUUUAAUAUAGCCUGGAUACUAGUCUGUUUCUGGUCUCUUUUAAUAUAGCCUGGAUACCAGUCAGUUUCUGGUCUCUUUUAAUAUAGCCUGGAUACCAGUCAGUUUCUGGUCUCUUUUAAUAUAGCCUGGAUACCAGUCAGUUUCUGGUCUCUUUUAAUAUAGCCUGGAUACCAGUCUGUUUCUGGUCACUUUAAUAUAGCCUGGAUACCAGUCAGUUUCUGGUCUCUUUUAAUAUAGCCUGGAUACCAGUCAGUUUCUGGUCUCUUUUAAUAUAGCCUGGAUACCAGUCAGUUUCUGGUCUCUUUUAAUAUAGCCUGGAUACCAGUCUGUUUCUGGUCACUUUAAUAUAGCCUGGAUACCAGUCAGUUUCUGGUCUCUUUUAAUAUAGCCUGGAUACCAGUCAGUUUCUGGUCUCUUUUAAUAUAGCCUGGAUACCAGUCAGUUUCUGGUCUCUUUUAAUAUAGCCUGGAUACCAGUCAGUUUCUGGUCUCUUAAUAUAGCCUGGAUACCAGUCAGUUUCUGGUCUCUUUUAAUAUAGCCUGGAUACCAGUCAGUUUCUGGUCUCUUUUAAUAUAGCCUGGAUACCAGUCAGUUUCUGGUCUCUUUUAAUAUAGCCUGGAUACCAGUCAGUUUCUGGUCUCUUUUAAUAUAGCCUGGAUACCAGUCUGUUUCUGGUCUCUUUAAUAUAGCCUGGAUACCAGUCUGUUUCUGGUCACUUUAAUAUAGCCUGGAUACCAGUCUGUUUCUGCUCUUUUGCCAACUCCUUAUUAUGUUUAGCAUGACAAGGAGGUGAAACAAUGGCACAAACAGAUCUGGGCCCAGGCUAGCAGUUUUCAGUUAUCAUAAAUAAACUCAGCAAAAAAAGUAACGUCCCCUCCCUGUCAACUGCGUUUUAUUUUCAGCAAACUUAACAUGUGUAAAUAUUUGUAUGAACAUAACAAGAUUCAACAACUGAGACAUAAACUGAACAAGUUCCACAGACAUGUGACUAACAGAAAUGGAAUAAUGUGUCCCUGAACAAAGGGGGGGUCAAAAUCAAAAGUAACAGUCAGUAUCUGGUGUGACCACCAGCUGCAUUAAGUACUGCAGUGCAUCUCCUCCUCAUGGACUGCACCAGAUUUGCCAGUUCUUGCUAUGAGAUGUUACCCCACUCUUCCACCAAGGCACCUGCAAGUUCCCUGACAUUUCUGGGGGGAAUGGCCCUAGCCCUCACCCUCCGAUCCAACAGGUCCCAGACGUGCUCAAUGGGAUUGAGAUCCGGGCUCUUCGCUGGCCAUGGCAGAACACUGACAUUCCUGUCUUGCAGGAAAUCACGCACAGAACGAGCAGUAUGGCUGGUGGCAUUGUCAUGCUGGAUGGUCAUGUCAGGAUGAGCCUGCAGGAAGGGUACCACAUGAGGGAGGAGGAUGUCUUCCCUGUAACGCACAGCGUUGAGAUUGCCUGCAAUGACAACAAGCUCAGUCCGAUGAUGCUGUGACACACCGCCCCAGACCAUGACGGACCCUCCACCUCCAAAUCAAUCCCACUCCAGAGUACAGGCCUCGGUGUAACGCUCAUUCCUUUGACGAUAAACGCGAAUCCGACCAUCACCCCUGGUGAGACAAAACCGCGACUCGUCAGUGAAGAGCACUUUUUGUCAGUCCUGUCUGGUCCAGCGACGGUGGGCUUGUGCCCAUAGGCGACGUUGUUGCCGGUGAUGUCUGGUGAGGACCUUGGGCAGUUGUUGUUGCCAUCCUGUACCUGUCCCGCAGGUGUGAUGUUCGGAUGUACCGAUCCUGUGCAGGUGUUGUUACACGUGGUCUGCCACUGCGAGGACGAUCAGGUGUCCGUCCUGUCUCCCUGUAUCUCUGUCUUAGGCGUCUCACAGUACGGACAUUGCAAUUUAUUGCCCUGGCCACAUCUGCAGUCCUCAUGCCUCCUUGCAGCAUGCCUAAGGCACGUUCACGCAGAUGAGCAGGGACCCUGGGCAUCUUUCUUUUGGUGUUUUUCAGAGUCCGUAGAAAGGCCUCUUUAGUGUCCUAAGUUUUCAUAACUGUGACCUUAAUUGCCUACCGUCUGUAAGCUGUUAGUGUCUUAACGACCGUUCCACAGGUGCAUGUUCAUUAAUUGUUUAUGGUUCAUUGAACAAGCAUGGGAAACAGUGUUUAAACCCUUUACAAUGAAGAUCUGUGAAGUUAUUUAGAUUUUUACGAAUGAUCUUUGAAAGACAGGGACCUGAAAAAGGGACGUUUCUUUUUUUCCUGAGUUUAGUAAUGUAGGCUACUGUAUAUACUGAAUAACAAUUGCUUCUUAUAACUGGAGGAAAGCCUACUCUCUAAGUUAUCUCACUGUAACACAGUUUACUAAUCAGAUGAAUCUCUCUCCAAGGUGGCCCCAGACUUCUUUGAGUACUUCCGUGCCCUCCACCCCAUCUUGACCUCUGACCCCACCCUGUGGUGUGUGUCUGCCUGGAACGACAACGGCAGGGAGGGGCUGGUGGACCCUGGGAAGGCGGACCUCCUCUACAGGACAGACUUCUUCCCUGGGCUGGGCUGGAUGCUGUUGAAGGACGUCUGGGACGAACUAGAACCCAAGUGGCCCGCAGCCUUCUGGGACGACUGGAUGCGUCACCCUGAGCAGCGUAAGGAGCGCUCCUGCAUCCGCCCAGAGAUCUCCAGAACUAUAACCUUCGGACGCAAGGGUGUCAGCUUGGGUCAGUUCUUCGACCAGUACCUGCGCUACAUUAUACUCAACACUGACUUUGUGCCUUUCACCAAACAGGAUCUGUCUUACUUGAUGAAGGAGAACUUUGACGUGAACUUUGUGAAGCAGGUUUACAGCGCCCCCCUAAUUAAGGUGGAGGAGCUACAGCAAGGGGGCGGUUUGAGUGGAACAGGUCCGUACCGGGUGCAAUAUUCCAGCCGGGACAGUUUUAAGGUUCUGGCCCGACACUUAGGGGUGAUGGAUGACUUGAAAUCGGGGGUUCCCCGUGCGGGUUACAGGGGCGUGGUCAGCUUCCUGUCCCGUGGACGACGGGUCUUCUUGACCCCACCUGAGGGAUGGACAAAGUACGACGUCAGCUGGAGCUGAGAGGUUUGGACAGGACGUAGUGCGAGACAGACAGACAGACAGACUUGACAGAGAGGAACACCCUCUCUAACCAAAGAAAACAAAAACAAGGUCACAUGAAGGAACUGAAGCUAAACAAAACAGACAGGCUUGGUGGGUAAAGGAACUGGAUAUAUGAUAGAAGUAGGGUGGG